CCGUCCCGGACUCGGCUCUGUUCGGCCGAGCUCGGCCGCGGCCCCGGAAGGGCGCCCAUGGAGCCGGGCCUCCCGGCUCGGCCGACGGCUAUGGCGCCGCUGCUGGAGUAUGAGCGGCAGCUGGUGCUGGAACUACUGGACGCGGACGGGCUGGUAGUAUGCGCCCGCGGGCUGGGCGCGGACCGGCUGCUCUACCACUUCCUCCGGCUGCACUGCCACCCGGCGUGCCUGGUGCUGGUGCUCAACACUCAGCCGGCCGAGGAGGAGUAUUUUAUCAACCAGCUGAAGAUUGAAGGAGUUGAGCACCUCCCUCGCCGGGUAACAAAUGAAAUCACGAGUAACAGUCGCUAUGAGGUCUACACACAAGGAGGUGUGAUAUUUGCAACAAGUCGCAUACUUGUGGUCGACUUCUUGACUGAUAGAAUACCGUCAGAUCUAAUUACGGGCAUCUUGGUGUAUAGAGCUCACCGGAUAAUCGAGUCUUGUCAAGAAGCGUUCAUCUUGCGUCUGUUUCGCCAGAAAAACAAGCGUGGUUUUAUUAAAGCUUUCACAGACAAUGCUGUCGCCUUUGAUACCGGUUUUUGUCACGUGGAAAGAGUGAUGAGGAAUCUUUUCGUAGGGAAGCUCUAUCUGUGGCCAAGGUUCCACGUAGCUGUAAACUCGUUUUUAGAACAGCACAAACCUGAAGUUGUAGAGAUUCACGUUUCUAUGACGCCUGCCAUGCUUGCUAUACAGACCGCCAUCCUAGACAUUUUAAAUGCAUGUCUGAAGGAGCUCAAAUGCCAUAAUCCGUCCCUCGAAGUGGAAGAUUUGUCUUUAGAAAAUGCUAUUGGAAAACCCUUUGACAAGACAAUCCGCCAUUAUCUGGAUCCUUUGUGGCACCAGCUUGGAGCUAAGACUAAGUCCUUGGUUCAGGACUUGAAGAUAUUACGAACUUUGCUGCAAUAUCUCUCUCAGUAUGAUUGUAUCACAUUCCUUAAUCUUCUGGAAUCCCUGAGAGCAACAGAGAAGGCUUUUGGUCAGAAUUCAGGUUGGCUGUUUCUUGACUCUAGCACCUCCAUGUUUGUAAAUGCUCGAGCAAGGGUUUACCAUCUUCCAGAUGCCAAAAUGAACAAAAAGGGCAAAAUGUCUGAAAAAAUGGAGAUCAAAGAAGACCAAGAAGCAAAAAAGGAAUUGGUCCUCGAAAGCAACCCAAAAUGGGAAGCACUGACCGAAGUACUGAAGGAAAUUGAGGCAGAAAAUAAGGAGAGCGAAGCCCUUGGUGGUCCAGGUCAGGUACUCAUUUGUGCAAGCGAUGACCGAACGUGUUCCCAGCUGAGAGAGUAUAUCACUAUUGGAGCAGAGGCCUUCUUGAUGAGGCUCUACAGGAAAACUUUUGAGAAGGACAGCAAAGCUGAAGAAGUGUGGAUGAAACUUAGACAUGAAGACAGUCCAAAGAGAAUGGCGAGAUCUAACAAAAGGCCUAAAGACCCCCAAAACAAACAAAGGGCUGCCACCAAAGAAAGGACUCUCAAAAAGAAAAAGCGAAGGUUAACCUUAACUCAGAUGGUAGGAAAGUCUGAAGAACCAGACGAGGAACAGGAUGUCAAGGAAGGCUAUCCUAGAGACACGGGCAGUAGCCCAGAAAGCUCCCUAGAAGAAAUUAAGCAUGAGGAAUUUGAUUUAAACUUGUCAUCUGAUGCCGCUUAUGGACUCCUGAAAGACCCGCUUACCAUCCUCCAUCCACUCCUGGGCUGUAGUGACCCCUACGCUCUGACAAGGGUGCUCCAUGAAGUGGAACCAAGAUACGUGGUUCUGUACGAUGCAGAGCUGACGUUUGUUCGCCAGCUUGAAAUUUACAGGGCAAGCAGGCCCGGAAAGCCUCUAAGGGUCUACUUUCUUAUAUAUGGAGGUUCAACCGAGGAACAGCGCUAUCUCACUGCCCUGCGGAAGGAAAAGGAAGCUUUUGAGAAACUCAUAAGGGAGAAGGCAAGCAUGGUUGUCCCAGAGGGAAGGGAAGGCAGGGAUGAAGGGAACCUGGACCUGGCAAGAGGCUCCGCAGUGGCAGGCACCCCCACCGACACGCGGAAAGCAGGCGGCCAGGAGCAGAACAGGACACAGCAAACAAUCGUGGUGGACGUGCGGGAGUUUCGCAGUGAACUCCCAUCCCUGAUCCACCGUCGGGGCAUCGACAUCGAGCCCGUGACCCUGGAGGUCGGAGACUACAUUCUGACCCCGGAAAUGUGCGUGGAGCGCAAGAGCAUCAGUGACCUGAUUGGCUCUUUAAACAACGGCCGCCUGUACGGCCAAUGCAUCUCCAUGUCCCGCUACUACAAGCGCCCGGUGCUACUGAUAGAGUUUGACCCCGGGAAGCCCUUCUCCCUCACUUCCCGGGGCGCCUUCCACCAAGAGAUCUCCAGCAACGACAUCAGUUCCAAACUCACCCUCCUCACGCUCCACUUCCCCAGACUCCGGAUUCUCUGGUGCCCAUCCCCUCACGCCACCGCCGAGCUGUUCGAGGAGCUGAAGCAAAACAAGCCACAGCCUGAUGCGGCCACGGCCAUGGCUGUCACGGCAGAUUCUGAAACGCUCCCCGAGUCAGAAAAGUAUAACCCUGGUCCCCAGGACUUCUUGUUAAAGAUGCCAGGGGUGAAUGCCAAAAACUGCCGUGCCUUGAUGCAUCAUGUAAAGAACAUCGCAGAACUGGCCAGCCUGUCGCAGGACCAGCUGGUGGGUGUUCUGGGCAACGCGGGCAAUGCCAAGCAGCUCUAUGACUUCAUCCACACCUCCUAUGCAGAGGUCCUGUCAAAGGGGAAAAUGAGGAAAUGAACCGUGAGACGGCCAUCUCCUGGUCCCGUGACUGGGCUUCCCAGCUGCUCUUUGCCUGCACCUAUAGGUCGCAAUUAAUGAUCGUCUCAGAAUUUCAUUGUCUUCCAGCGCUGAACGGCUGUGCCAUCUGUUUCCUGGCUCUGUGGCCCAGAGGCCAAGAUUCCUCCUGGAACUCUGCGUUCAGGCCCUGUAUUUACUCUGCUGUGCCGGCUCUCCUGGCUCCCUGCGCUGUCCAGGCCAGGGUCAGCACACUCGGUUCUUAAAUGAGGUGGGUCUGGAGCAGGUGAGGUGUCCACAGGUGUUGAUAGAAGGCCACUCUUGAAACAGGCAGAAGUUUAUGUUUCUAAUGCAAACCAAUAAAACGCAAGGUCACAUUCUUACCAUCUUUCUUCAGAGGGGCCCCAAAACACAGAAGAACACCCCUCUGCUCUCCCUCACCACUUCUCCCUGCAUUGCCCUCAAGCACGUUCAUCCACCUUUCUACCCCUAACUCAAAUUCCUCAGGACUUCCUACUGCUGUUGUAAAACAGCCACCUCUACACCUUGCCAGUUAACGUCCUAAUCCCCUGAGUGUAUGUAACAUGCACUGUGGCUCGAUUGUGCAAAGCCAGUCGUUUUUAGACAUGUGAUGAAUUAUCUCUUUCCAGAAUUUGAUGGUGUUAAAGUGAAGGAGUCCUUAGAACACUCAGUUUCCAAAUAUUUAACCUACUAAAUCUGAGACCUCUGAGCCCACCAAAUGCCUAGAGUCUCUUGAGACUUCCUCUUUCCUGAGACUCUCUUCACAUGCCCUGAGGCCACCAGCACCAGAUCUUCUCCCCAAGCAGCCUAAGCUCACCUCUUGGUGCCCCCCACUCCAUCUCGUGCCUCUGUGCAGAGCGGCUCCUUGCAUCUGUGUGAGGACUCCCAUACAAGCAAGUGAAUGGCCCACCAAGUCUUUAAGAUUUGGUUUUCCUUCCUGGAGUCAAGAUAAAGGAAUUAAAAAAGUAAAUGGAAGAUCAAUGCAUAGAAUAGAUAAGAAUUCUAGAGAAAUAUAGACAUAUUUAAAAACUCACAAAACCAUCUCCCUCUCAAACCUUCCAACUGAGUUAGGUUAGCUUUUUACCGAAGUGUACAUACAGGGACCUUCAUAGCAUCUUUGUGCAGUUUUUAAACUUUUCUAUUUCAACAUUGUUGACGUAGGUAUUAUUUUCCUAUCUAGUAAUGAGUAGUAAAUUUUCUACCUCAAGAGCUGAUGCAAAUAUAGACAUCAGCCCCGCUAGCCAUACCGUGCACAGUUACACGUUUUCCUCCGCAUCAGCCAUGUUUUUAUUCAUCACGGUGUUGGAACUCAGAGUAGACACUGGACCACAUAACACAAAAUGGUCUUCACCUUCACGGAAGUUCUUUCAACCAACCUCUCCAAGCUGAACCUCUCGUGUUGACUUCCUGCUCUCUCGGUAUGUUAGCCUACGUUAAUACUGCUAAAGUAGAUGUGGAUUUCAAACUCUAUACAAGGGCACCGCAAGAAUGAGUUGAGAGAUUUCAGGGAACCAUGUUGUUAUAUGGAUCUCCGUACAGUACAGUGAUCUGAGGAAUUGGGAAGAGGACAGGAAACAAAAAUUAGCUUACAGUAGAUUAAAAGGUAGGGCUACUAAAUUUUGUCCGAAGGUUAAAAAGAUACGCUAGAGACUAGAAAACGAGAUGUCGGGUACAUAUGUUAAUUUUCACUUCUGUAUGUACUGAUUUAAGAGUCCAGUCGGAGCGAAAAGUACAUUAAAAAUAACGUCACACCUCCAAAGGAGAUGGUUAUCACCAUUUUUCUUCAUCCUAUUGUAGCACUUCUGCUUGUGGUAUAUAGUUUCUGGUUUUUCUUGCAUAAUUCUACCUGCCUUAUAUUGUUCUUGCAUUACAAGAAAAGGCAAAUUGGAACAUAGCGCAUUUGUUUAUAUGGGUUCCACUUCAAUUUAAGCUUUCAGAAAUAAGCUGUAUUCAUAAGGCCACCAUUUUAAACAGCCCUUGUCAUCUUGUACAACGUAGAAUACAGUCUUAAUUGUAUUUAGAGAGCCGGUGUCUCCCUCUCUUGGAUUCUGUUUUUUGCUGUUGUACGUACUGGACAUUUGAAAGACAGAUGAGCUGUUUUGUUGUGUAUUUGAAUUAUGAAUAGUAGUCUCUAAUGAACUUGAAAAUGCUCAUUAUAGACACAAGGCUCUCACCACCACUUCCCCUUCCAACUAAAUAAAUCUAUUUUAAGCUGUCGUCAAUGGUGAAAAACCUUCAAUAGAACCAUUAUGUACUGACUUUUACCAAAUUCUUUCACACAUUUUUAUAAUCUAAGAAUCUUUGGCAAAGGAACUAAUGCAUGAAUUCGCAAAAUUAUCACUUUAUUGCCUAGCAUCAUAGUUACCUUUGCCUUUUUUCUUUCAGAAUAGUAAACAUCCCGUUUACUUAUGAACUCAUGCUUAGCUUUUUAAAAAACCUUUUUUAAAAGCCUGAGAUCAGCUUUAUUCUAUUUUACCAAGUUUUUUUGCAUAAAAAUCAGAGUGUAUGAAAGCUGAGAGAAAUCAUUUUCAACCUUGUUUGCUUAAAUCAUAGUACCUCUUGAUUUUUAAAAAAAAAUUAUGCAAGUAAUCAUUUUAUGUAUUAAUAGCAGCCAUGUAAAUAGUGUCCUUUUGGCAGGACAUUGCCACUUCUUCAGUCUAGGGCUUAGGAGGCUGUAUGUUUGAGUAGAUCCAAAAUGCCAUUUCCCUGCUCAUAAGGGACUGAAGAUAAUUGUCCCAUUCAUCAACCCAUUGGGACACAGAGGGUUAAGUCUAGAUUUUGUUGUGUUGAGAUAACAGAACAUAGAAUUAAUAAAUGGCCUUCAGCAGGAAAGUCUACACUGAAGCAAAUCCGAAGAAGUGGGUGAGACAGACAUCAUUAGUCUUUGCUUUUGUUUUUCAGGCAUAAUUUGAUUUUCCUUUGGCUCAGAAAACUUCUUUAGGGAAAUUCUCUUCUCUUUUGUUGCUCAGUUUAGCCUAGAAAUGUCCUUUUAAAAACCAACAGUUUAGGAAAGUUCUUUUCUCAGUCUUGAAUAUAUUAAAAUGUAUCCAGACUUCAACGUGAGUUGUCAUUUUUCUUCAUUAUUUUGCUUUCUAUUUUGGUUUAUUGCUACUUCCUGUCCAAUUCCAAACUUCAGGACUUAACCGUCUAUAUCCACAGGUUUUUGGUAAGCCACACCACUGCUGUUUUUUGAUUUAAGGGAAUGUAUGUAAGCCAAAAUUUGGAUGGGAGGGAGACAUAACUAAUUUAUAUCAAUUUGUAACAGGAGUUGUGUGUGUGUUUUUAAUAAAAUGUAUUUAUUCAGUAUUUUCCUCAGCAUUUUGUGGGCAAAGUAAAAAUAACAAUGCAUAGUGAAAGAACAUGUAUUCCCAGCGCAUCAUAUUUCCAACAUGUUGGUAAAUACAAUUUAAAAUGAAGAGAAUAUUUAAUGUGCUUUUUGUUGUGCAGAAUAAAUGAUUAAAGCUGAACUGUUCUUCCAA